UCACCCAUGGAGAGCAGCUUGAUGCCCACACCCGGACCAGGACAGGUCUCAGCCUGCUACAGAGCGGGAAGGCACAGUUAUUAGAACGCUGCUCUGCCUUCCUAUUCCAACCAAGAGGAUUUGCCAAGGCCCAGAGCGGGCUGACCCCACGUGAACAGCAUGUCCCCACCCCAAGCCUCUGAAGGAAGCCUGGGAAUCAGGAGAGCUUGCUUGGGGUCCUGGCUGUACCCCAAGCUCACUGUGCCUCCUGCCAAAUCGCUUAACCUAUCAGGGUCUGUGUGACCACCUAUAAAAUAAAGGAGCUGGGCCCACUCCAUAGGCCUCUCCAACACAGACUGUGACCAGGAAGGAGUUAAUGGAGGCCAGGCGCUGGGUCAGGAAGGCGAGGGUUAAUCUGGGGGGGGGGGGGGCGCGGGUGGAGGCUCUCUCAGCUUUUCCUGUGGAGAGUGAGGUUUGGCUGCCACCAAAGUUACUUCUAGUCCCUGCUGUCCCUCCUGCCCUCAGUCUGGACCUGCCUUCAGACCCCUGCAUUCAGCCUCCCCACACAGAGGCCCCAGGAAGCCCCAGCCAGCUGCUCUCAGCAACUCACUAGCUGCCUAACUGCGGUGGCUUAUGGGGCACUGUCCCGCCCCGCUCUGCUAAGAUGCUCCUAGCCUCUCCCUCCACCCCAUCCAGGGCACGGACCCCCAGCGCGGUGGAGAGGCUGGAGGCCGACAAAGCUAAGUAUGUCAAGACGCACCAGGUGAUAGCGCGACGCCAGGAGCCAGCCCUGCGCGGGGGUCCGGGGCCGCUCAUGCCGCACCCCUGCAAUGAGCUGGGGGCCCCUGCAUCUCCCAGGACGCCCAGGCCGGCCCGCCGGGGUAGCGGCAGGCGGCUGCCAAGGCCGGACUCCCUCAUCUUCUACCGCCAGAAGCGGGACUGCAAGGCUUUGGUGAACAAAGAGAACGCCAAGGGCCAGGGGCUGGUGCGACGCCUCUUCCUGGGCACCCCCCGAGACGCCUCCUCGAGCAGCCCGGGCCCAACGGAGCGACCUGCGGCUACAGGAGGUUGGACCGCACCGCAAGAGGCCCCGGAAGCGGCGGGCAAGCGGGCGCUGUGCCCCACGUGCUCGCUGCCCCUGUCGGAAAAGGAGCGCUUCUUCAACUACUGCGGCCUGGAACGCGCGCUGGUGGAGGUGCUGGGUGCCGAGCGCUUCUCUCCGCAGAGCUGGGGCGCGGACGCCAGCCCCCAGCCCGGAACGUCGCCGCCGCCUGGCUCCGGGGACACCAGCGACUGGACAUCCAGCGAUGGUGGCACGGAUCGCUCAGAUCACGCAGGCGGCGGCGGCGGCGGCGGCGGCGACUCGGAGGCAGCGGGAUCGGCGCGGGACGGGCGCCCCCCGGUGUCGGUGGUGGAGCGCAACGCGCGCGUCAUCCAGUGGUUGUACGGCUGCCAGCGCGCCCGCAGCCCGCCGCGCGAGUCUGCAGUGUGACCGCGGCCGCUCGGGAGCGGGCUCCCGAGGAGUCUGGUAUCUGGGGAAGGGCAGGGGGUGAGCGCUGGGCUGGACCCGGGUGCGGGCAGGGACGCCCUGCCUCUGGCGCGCAGGUGGCCUUUUGGCGAGCCCCUCCUCCCCGCUCUGGAUCUUGGCUUCCCCAAGGAACCGUGGGGGGCGUGGGGCGAGAUGAUUCCUAAGGCCCUUCCCAGUGCGGACGGCGGAGGCGGAGGAGGCCUCCUCGUGGCCCCGGUGGAGGCCGGGUCUGGGGAGUGAAGAUUGGGCUGAGAAUUCAGGGAACCUGCUGAAUAAAGGCAAAACGUU